AUGAUAACACCCCUUUCAUUGGAUUUGCUGUUUCAAGUUCUUACUCCUAGGCAUGGUACACUUGAGACUUGGGUUCCAUAUGUUUUUGGUCAAGUGCCGCAGUUCAUCAACGAUUUGGCCGAGCACAACGAGUGGGCUGCCAACAUUGUGUGGCUCGACUUUACCAAGUAUGGGAAAUUGAGCGGAUGUGAUCUGAAUGACACCUGCGACCUCCUAUCAUCCAUUCUUUCCCGGAAACCACAACACAGUGUGGCAGUCGUUAUCAGUCCUUUUCUCGUUUCAGAGCGCACCCAGAAUGGUGUACGUGGAGAGAUCAGGCGAGUGGAAGAUAAACUUGAUGCUGUGAAGAUCCAGUCAGAGCUUAUCAUGAUCCGGAUGAAAGAAGCCCCAAGUCAGAAGCAUGUCCCUCUACAAUUUGCUGCAUGGAUCUGUAUGCAAGAAGGUACUGUUGCAGACAAUAUCUUUGCCUCUUCUCAGCUUUUGGCGGACAGGUCCAUGUCGGCUUUCCAGGAAAGCGCUCAGUACCUGGCUGGCAGCGAGGUCCCGGAGCAGAUUUUGUCCAGCCUGCUGGCAAAAGUCGACGUUCCUGCUGAAGCA